AUGGCGACCCUUGACAUCAAUAACGAGUCUGUGGUGUUCUCGCGACACGAGUUCCUAUACACGGAGCCCGGGAUCGCCAUACCGGUGAUUGUCGUGGUGGCCGUGGCCGCCCUCAUCGGCACGUUCGGCAACAUCCUCAUCCUGCUGGCCGUCAUCACACAGAAGAGUCUGCACACGAUAGAGUCGGUGUUCAUCGUCAACCUGGCGUGUUCAGACAUGUACGUCACCACAUUCGCCGACCCUCUCAGUUUAACAGCGAAACUGGAGGGCGAGCAGUUCUUCAACAGCAUCCCUGGGCUGUGCCGGGCGGUGGGCAGCAUGUGCACCAUCUCCUGCGUGAACUCCCUCAUGUCCAUCGCCGCCAUGAGCUUCAACCGGUUCUUCUUCAUCUGCCACAACAAGUACUACAAGACGGUCUUCACCGUGAGAAACUGCAUCAUCAUGUGCGCGUGUUUCUACUCCAUCGGGCUCAUCCUCGUCCUGCUCAACCUCGGAGACAUCGGAGGCCACUCGUUCGACAGGAAGAGUCUGGAGUGCAUCUGGGACCGCAUGGCCACGUACCCGUACACCGUUGUGUUCUCCAUCGUCCUCGUGUGGGUUCCCAUCAUCAUCACCGGGGCCUCGUACCUCAAGAUGUUCCUACACGUCAGGUCUGUCAGGGCGAAGGUUCACCAGACGCGAACCACGAACGGAGUCGCCAACGGUCCCACGAGGACUCCAAGCUUUCAGCUCGCAAAGACUCUGUUCGUCAUCUACAUCGUGUUCUCCGUCUGCUGGAUUCCUUACGCACUGCUCAUAGUGCUGGACAAGGACAACACUGUGUCGCACGAACUGCACGUGGGAAUCGUCGUGUGGGCGCACCUGCACCCGUCCCUCAACUGGCUGGUGUACUACUACACCAACAAGAAGUUCCACCGCGCCUUCCUCAGUCUACUGUGUAUAAACAAGUGCUGUCCCAGCGCCGUGGUGGGCGACGCCACGAUGGUGUCAGAGACUCGGAUGCAGCCCAGCACGAUCGCAGUGUCCGGGUCGAAUGGGAAAAAGAUGAAAGAAAUCAAAGAGAGCAGUGGGAUUUAA